CUCUCUCUCCUCACUCACAUUGCAUGAAUCUCGUGCCCCUUAAAAGUCGCCCCCCUCUCUCUCCCGCCUUCGUAUUUUAAUAAGUUGCUCAUCUAAUCCAAACCUCCCCAACCCCAACCCCAACAUUCCUCCAAAUUUCAAAUUCCAAACCAAACUCUUUCAAGCAAUUCAACAAACACCUUCUAAACAUGCCCAGAGCCACCGUUGAGCUUGAUUUUUUCGGCAUGGACCAGCACCACCGCGAUGCCCCCUCCUCAUCCUCCAAAUCCCAGUUCCAGAAAUUUCUCCACCGCCCCAAAAGCUUCCGAGACAUUCACACCGCCAUGUCCAAGAUCAAUCCCGAGGCCUUCAAAUCCGUCAUCGCUUCCGGCAAUGCCAGCCCCAGCGUUCCAAAUCCAGGAAAAUCAUUUUCGGUGCCGUCGAGCCCCAAGGCGGAGCAAGUUCCGUUUUCCUCGUUGCCGCUCUACGUUCCCACCGGCACUUCCGUUUCUUCUUUCACGGUUGCUGCUUCAGAGAGCCUUCAGGAAACGAAGCCGCUGACUAUUUUCUACAACGGUACCGUCUCUGUUUUCGACGUCCCUCGCGACAAGGUGGAUAACAUAUUGAAGCUUGCCAUAGAAGGAAACUCCGGCAAAGCUGCAGAGGCAUCGGUAGCCGUCGAUCCAAAACUUGCUUUUCAUCCAAGCGAGCAGCAUCAGACCCAGCAGCUUGUGGAUCCUCUUAGCGAAUAUCUACCGAUUACUCGCAAUAAGUCAUUGCAAAGGUUUCUUGAGAAACGCAAAGAGAGGUUGAAUUCGGGGUCUCCAUAUGCCUGCCAAACCUAAUUAUUGACAACCAGCACAAGGCAAAAGUAGGAGGAGGAAGGAGGAGGAGACGUGUGUCGGAGAUGACUGAGUCCAACUUCCUUAGCCUUAGGAAACAGAGUACCUACUUUAGUAGAAAGCGAAAGAUAAGACCGACAAUAUAGUAGCAUUAUCUAUAAUGUUUUCCUCGUGAAGGGGGCAAUAGCAAAAGCACUAGUCCUAUCCGAAAAGCACUUCUUGUUAAAAUCUCUUUGCACGUUUUAGUGAUGGCCGCGAGUCUAUUGGGCAACCUAAGCUUGGCUAGGAGUACAUCCUCAAACUUUCAGGUGGCCUUCUAUGUGGUUUAUUUGUGACCAUUUUUUAUUUGUAAAUUAUUAUUAUUAUUAUUUAAUGUUAGCAUUGAAUUUGGUGGAACCAUGCGUGUUUUGGUUUCCGUUGGAAUCAAUUCACCUUGUUUGUGUUGUAAAGUAAUAGAAAUCUGAAUUCAACUUUUUUAAAACG